AAUAUUAUUAUAACAAAUCUUUCACUAUUUCUGGUAUACGUCGGUUGUUUAUUAACUUAAUUCUCAAAAUUUUGUUUGGUGUUGCAUGCGCUUUUAAUUAUAUUUGAAUUUCCAAUGUAUGUCAGGUUUUUAACUGUGAAUAUUGAAAAAUGAUUAAUUGUUCUGAAAAUUAAAUUUUAAAUUAAUUGAGGUAUAAUUAUUUGAAGCCAUGGCGCUUCCUUCCACAUACAAACAAAUAGCUAUUAAUCAACAGUCUCCUGCCCGUGCUCCAGUUACAUUCAACAUUUUAAAAGCGACUAAAACGGGAUCCUAUCAAAAUGAACGAUUAAGACCUGGUGGAAGUUCCAAUCAAUUAUCUGGAUCUAAAGAUCAAAAUCAAAGUCCAUUUAUUCCAAAUAGCCAUGGAAAUCCAGCUUUUCAUCCACAAAAAAUUUCAAAAGCCGCUGCUGAUGCUCGUGGAAUCAAACCUCCUAAGCCACCUGAGAAACCCCUUAUGCCAUAUAUGCGAUAUAGUCGUAAAGUAUGGGAUCAAGUUAAAGCAAGUAAUCCUGAUUUGAAGUUAUGGGAAAUCGGUAAGAUUAUUGGACAAAUGUGGAGAGAUCUUCCAGAUGACAACAAACAAGAAUAUAUUGAUGAUUAUGAAUCUGAAAAGUUGACUUAUGAAAAAGCUAUGAAGUUAUAUCAUACUUCGCCAGCCUAUUUAGCUUAUUUACAAGCAAAAAAUAAAGGCAAAUUGAAUCAAGUAGAAGAUAGAGAACCACAUGAAAGAUCUACUGGGGGUGGUAAACAAGCUGCUGCUGAUCGAAGAAUUGAAAUUCAGCCAGCUGAAGAUGAAGAAGAUCAAGAUGAUGGAUUUAGUGUUAAACAUGUAGCUUAUGCUAGAUACAUAAGAAAUCAUCGGUUGAUUAAUGAGAUAUUUUCUGAUAGUGUUGUCCCAGAUGUACGUUCAGUAGUUACUACAGCUCGUAUGCAAGUAUUAAAGAGACAAGUUCAAAGUUUAACAAUGCAUCAAAAAAAAUUGGAAGCAGAAUUACAGCAAAUUGAAGAAAAAUUUGAUACAAAAAAAAGAAAAUUUAUUGAAUGUAGUGAUGCAUUCCAACAAGAACUAAAAAAACACUGUGUUCAAGCAGUUUCAGAAGAAGCAUUUCAAAAAAUGGUGGAACGCCAGGUAGAUAUAUUGCAAAAAGAACGAACUAAAACUGUAUGCCCUUCUGUUCCUGAAGAAUUCCCUAAGGUGCAUUGUGAACAAUUAGAACAAAAUGGAGCUGUACCAUCAGUUGAAGAAGACUCGGCUUCAUGUGUAGUUCCUUCUAGUACAACUGAUGAUAAUACAAAUAUGGAAAUAGAGUCUGCUGUUAUUCAAUCUCAUAAUUCAUUGAAAUCCGAACAGCUUAUAUCAGAGACUAAAGAAAAUGGAGAAAUAACACCUUCACCUCCACCUCAAGCAUCACAAGAACAACAGUCUCCACAGGUUCAAGCACAACAACCUCAUCAAUUUCAACAGCAACCUCAAUUUCCAUCUCAACAGCAACUGUUACAAACACAUUCUUUACAGCUUCAGUCUUCCCAACAGCCUCAACAACAGUCUUUGCAUCCACCGUCUUCUUUACAACAACUUCCGCAACAAGCACCUCUAUUACCACAACCGCCUUGCCAAGUUUCUCCGCAACCUCAGCAACAUUCUCAACCAUCUCCACAAUUGCAACCAUCAACUCCCCAACAACCACCAAUGCAGCUACAUUCUAUCCAACAACCACUAUUACAGCCACAUGCUUCCCAGCUACAGUCUUUACAACCUCCUCAACAACAACCUUUACUGCCACAUCCUCCCCAACAACUGCCAUUACAGCCUCAUCCUCCCCCACAACAGCCAUUGCAACCACAUCCUAUUCAACAACCUUUACAGUCCCAUCCUCCCCAACAGCAGCCAUUACAACCACAUUCUCUUCAACAACAGAUUGCACUGCCACAACCUCUACAGCAACAGUCUCUUCAACCACAACCACCACAGCAACAGUCUCUACAACCACAACCACCCCAGCAACAGUCUCUACAAACACAAUCUACACAGCCACAUCCUUUGCAACCACAGCUUCAACAGCCACAACCUCCUCAGCAACAUCCUUUACAACCACUACCUCCUCAGCAACAGAUUUUACAGCCACAACCUCCUCAGUCACAGAUCUUACAGCCCCAACCUACUCAACAACAGUCCCCACAGCAACAAUCUGUGCCAACCCCCCCACCACCACAACAAUCAAUAUCGCCACAGCCACAAUUGCAGUCUCCCCAGCCUCAGCAAUCACAGUUGCCAUCUCCUCAGCCUCAACAAUCUCAGUUGCCGUCUCCUCAACCUCAGCAGUCACAGCUGCCUUCUCCACAGCCACAAUUACAGCCUCCUCCACAACAGUUACAGCCUCCUCAACCACAGUUGCAAACUUCACAGUCACCACAACCACAAUUACCAUUGCAGCCACCACAACAAUUACAACCAUCUCAAUCUCAGUUACAGCCAACUAUAACUCAAACUCAACCACAUCCUCCCCCCGUUAUUGUGCCACCUCCACCUACUGUUCCACCAGCUGUAGUUUCAGAUACACCAUCAAAUGUUGUUUCAUCAACUACGGAAUCACCGCCAAAGCUUUCAGAAAAUCAAGUAUAUCCAACACCUGCUUCUUUAGCACAAUCAUAUUCAACAUCUUUGCCACAGUCUUACAGUUCAGUACCUUCAUUUCAACCUUUGCAAAAUUCUCAAAUUACUGCUCCAAAUGCAUAUUCAUCUACUCAGGCUCUCCCUAAUUCAACUCCUUCGGUUCAUUCUCAUCCAGGUAUAAUGCAACCUCCUCAAAUUCCUCCAUCUCAAGGAACACAGUCAUCAACACCAUCAACUGGAUUUCCUCCUUAUCCACAACAGCAACAAUCUUAUUCAACUCAACAAAUGCCACCUAGAUCCCCAUAUACGUACCCACCACAACCAUAUCCUCAAUAUACACCUCAUCCUUAUUAUCAUCAAGCACCCUAUCAGCAAUAUCCUCCACCACCUCCUCGAGUGGCCUAUCCACAACAAAUAGGUUCCAUAAAUCAACAAGAUCCGAACCAACCACCAAUUGAAAAUGUGUAUAACCCAUCACCCAUAAAUGGACCAUUUGAAAAACCUAAUGAUGAAAAUAAGCAAUUAAUUGAAGAUGUGAAAUCUACUGAUAUAACUUCAGUUCAUGAAAAACCAACUGAACAAGAUGAAUCUGUGCCUCCACCAUCUUCAGCAAAAACAGAUGAAGUUUCACAAUAAAAUACGUAUACAACCUUCAAAAAUGUUGUCUUAGUAAAAUAGUUACAGAUUUGCAUGUUAUGAAUACUGGUUACUUUUAAUUCAAUUAAUUUCUUUAUAAUUUUUGUAUUUUAAAAUAUGGGUUAUAGUAUAAAAUAAAA